UCGUUCUUUCUCUCAUUCUUUCUUUCUUUCUCUCUCUCUCUUUCUUUCUCUCUCUCUCUCUCUCUCUCUCUUUCUCUAUCUCUGUCUCUCUCUCUCUCUCGCUCUCUUUCUCUCUCUCGUUCUCUCGUUCUCUCGUUCUUUCCCUCCAUCAUGGAGGCUGUAGCCGUGUUUUCAUUCCGAGCGACAGAACGAGACGAGCUCAGCUUCCAGAAAGGAGAGAUACUGAAGGUGACGGAGAUGGAUGAGGAUCCUAAUUGGAUGAUGGCAGAACUCCACGGGAGGCGAGGCUACGUCCCCGAGAACUACAUUAGUCUGUUACCACACCCGUGGUAUGCGGGUCGUGUGUCCAGGCAGCAGGCUGAACAGCGGUUGCAUUGUGAAGACAGAGGAGUGUUCCUGGUUAGAGAGUCAGAGAGUUCACCAGGAGAGUUCUCUGUUUCUGUCAGCUAUGGCGACAUGGUGGAGCACUUCCUGGUUCUCGAGGGAUUGGGUCAGUACUGUGUGUGGGAGGAGACUUUCUCGUCUCUCAACCGAUUGGUCGACUUCUACAGAUCGCACAGCAUCGCCCAGGAGAGAACCGUCUACCUGACCGACCCUCCUGACACACCUGUUCACACACACACACCAUCACACACACCUCUACACACACACACACCUGCACACCCUCUCACACACACUGCCGUUCAUCUACCGGACCCAAACCCAAACCCUUACACACCUCUACGAUCACAAACACACACCGCUAACCCGUAUCUAGCUGAGCACCCCACACACACCUCUCACCCUCACACACACCACACACACACCUCUCACCCCUCGGCCGGCUUCUCCAAAAGAAGAGCACCAAGCAGGAACCCGAACUGGGGUUAUUCUGCCCCUACAUAACCCCACACACACACACACACACACACACACACACACACACACACACACACACACACACACACACACACACACACACACACACACACACA